AGUAAAAAUGGCCGCUACUGCGAAACUGGGCUUGCUCACUCCUCUUCAUUCUAAUAACAUCAAGAAAGAAUUCCCUGUUUUUGAUUUCAGUUUGUUUUGUCCAGAGCUUAGACAUUCUCGGUUUUCUCACUUUAACACCGCGGUCAAGCGCGUAAGAUAUGCCCCCGUCGUUCCUGUGAUUAAUGCCCAAAGCUCGCCUGACUACAUUCCUGAUGCUAAAUUCUACAAAGUGGAAGCAAUUCUCAGGCCCUGGCGAGUCUCGCAAGUUUCCUCGGCUUUGCUAAAAAUUGGUAUUCGAGGUGUUACUGUUUCUGAUGUUCGAGGUUUUGGUGCUCAAGGUGGUUCAACUGAGAGGCAGGGCGGCUCAGAAUUUUCUGAAGACAAGUUUGUUGCUAAAGUUAAGAUGGAGAUCGUGGUUAGCAAAGACCAGGUUGAGGAUGUUAUAGAAAAAAUCAUUGAGGAGGCAAGAACUGGAGAGAUUGGAGACGGCAAGAUUUUCUUGCUGCCUGUUUCAGAUGUAAUAAGAGUCCGCACUGGUGAGCGGGGUGAUAAGGCUGAGAGGAUGACAGGAGGGCGAUCUGACAUGAGUACUUCUGCUUGACUGCUGUGACCAGCAAUAUAGCAUUCAGGACUAACUGUCCUUUGAGAAAGCCCCGCCCUUAUUAGCCAUUAUCCAGUAUAGCUUGAUAAUUUGAAUUUUUUGUUUUCUUAACUAAAGAAACAAAGAUCUUUUCAUUAUCCUGUUGAUGAUAAUUGAAAACGGAAGGAUCGCGGAUUUGUUCAAGUGCUUGCAAGAUAAAUAACAAGAAGAGGAGUAAUGUUAACAAUUACAUUGCUCCCUUAUUAUAGCUA